GUGGUCCUUGACGAGAUGCUGACGUGACCAAAUUUACCAAGCUGCACUGCUUCCCCCUGCUGGAGACGGCACUCUUCUUCCUAAUGUCCUGGAGUACAUUUCUCUUGGCAGAAGCCUGUGGAUUUACAGGUGUAGUAGCUGUCCUUUUCUGUGGAAUCACGCAAGCUCAUUAUACCUACAACAAUCUGUCUGUGGAAUCAAGAAGUCGAACAAAACAGCUCUUUGAGGUGUUACACUUCCUGGCUGAGAACUUCAUCUUCUCCUACAUGGGCCUGGCACUGUUUACCUUUCAGAAACACGUUUUCAGCCCCAUCUUUAUCAUCGGUGCUUUUGUUGCCAUCUUCCUGGGUAGAGCUGCGCACAUCUACCCGCUCUCCUUCUUCCUCAACUUAGGCAGAAGACACAAGAUCGGCUGGAAUUUCCAACACAUGAUGAUGUUUUCAG